AUGCACGGGUUGUCGGCCGCAGGUUCAGCCGACUCGGAAAUCUCUUGGUCGAUUGCCGGUGGCAUCCGUGGAAGCAGCAAAUUCUAUGGGAUCGCUGAGAGUUACUAUCCUUACCUUAGAUCAUAUAUAUAUGAUCUAAGAUCGUUAGAUACGUUUACCUUUCCGGAUCGUCCAAGUUAUCCCAAUAACUCGCCGGGGAACUGCGGAUUGCCGAUAUUGAUCGCCGAUUUGUCGUGA